AUGCGCAUCCUCAUCACAGGCUCCAGCGACGGUCUCGGCCUCCUGACAGCAAAACUUCUCUCCUCGCGCUCCCACCAAGUCGUCUUACACGCCCGCAACGCUUCCCGCGCCAACGAUGCAACAACCGCCUGUCCCUCUGCCCACGCCUGCAUCACCGGUGAUCUUUCCACUCUCGCAGGCAUCAAAGCUUUCGCGAAAGAAGCAGAUAAACACGGUCCCUACGAUGCCGUAAUGCACAAUGCAGGACUUUACCUGGGUCCUUUCCGCCGCACCGAAGAUGGGUUGCCGAGUCUUGUUGCUGUAAACACUCUAGCUCCAUACAUGCUUGCGUGCUUGAUGGCGAAACCCAAGAGAUUGAUUUUCGUGUCGAGUGGUUUACAUCAAAACGGCAAUGCUGGUCUCGAGGACAUUACAUGGAAGCAAAGAGGAGAGGGGAAGUGGAAUGAUUCGCAAGCAUAUGCGGAUAGCAAGCUACACAACAUCAUGUUUGCUUUUGCGUUCAACAGACAUUAUGGCAUUCCCACCGCGAGUGUGGAUCCUGGAUGGGUCAAGACCAAGAUGGGUGGGCCGAGUGCCAUGGAUGAUUUGGAUGCUGCGGUGGAGACGUUUGCUAUGGUGUGCACCGGCGAGGGCGAGGCGGGUAAGAGGGAGGUUGGUCAUUAUUAUCAGAUGAAGCAGAGAAACUUCCGAGAGGAGGCGAAAGAUAUCGAAACGCAGGAGAAGUUGCUAAAGACUCUUGAGGGAGUCACAGGCGUCAAGGUGCCCGAGUAG